AGUUUGACACUCCAAGACAGAAAGAACUCUACUUCCGGUUUCAACACAGAACUCGGUCUUGGAUAGACUUGUCAAGGGUGUCUAAGAUCCUGGUACUGGGGUUAACAUUAUGGCUGUAGAUAUAAGCAAGUUUGGUACCCUUCCUAUGUGUCAGUUAAACGAGCUGCUUGAGGAUGACGAGAAGCUGAAUGGAAUGGUCAAAGAAAUGGGAGAGGUACAAGCUGUCCAGUUAAACAAAGAAAUGACUCUUGCUGGCAACCGCAGUCUGGCAGAGCAGAACCUUUUGCAACAGCCCAGGCUUGAAGAGCUAAAAGAACAGCUAAACCAUAAAUACCAAGAGCUGCAAAUGGUAUUUGAACAAUAUCAGAUGAAAAAAACUAGAAUAGAUAACCAGUCCAGCAGUGCUUCCCUCGAGAUGCUUUUAGCACUUUUGCAGGCAGAAGGAGCUAAAAUUGAAGAGGAAACAGAGAACAUGGCAGAAAGAUUUCUAGAUGGGGAAAUCUCUUUGGACUCCUUCAUUGACGAGUAUCAUACCAAGCGCAAACUGGCGCAUGUACGACGUGUAAAAAUUGAGAAACUUCAAGAAAUGGUGUUAAAAGGGGCAAGACUUCCACCGGUUCAUGUACAGUCAAUUUCUGUACAGGCUGAAAAAACUCCAACAUCUCAGGUGUCUUACCCUACAGAGUCGACCAGCACACCUACUCCCCUGCCUCGCAGGAUACCACCACCGCCACCAUCUGCCACAGGAGCACUGCCAACUCCAUUUACCGCUGCAGCUGCCACGUCCUCUGCUGGACCAGGAUCAUCUUCAGUUCCUUACCCAGUAACUCCGUGCCCUCCUCUUCCUCCAAGAGUGGGAAACGCACCAAUACCGUUUACUACACCCUACACAUCUCAGUACCCACCUGCACUACCCCAAAGACCAGCAGCUCGUAUGCCCCCACAGCCUGGUUUUAUUUUUCAGUAAAUUCAUCUGCUUCCAAAACUAAAAUGCACAGGUGUCUUCAAAGGUUACCUUUGUAUGCCCUCUCUUCUAUGCGGACCUUGUGCAUCACUGUAUAUUUGUGCAUAUAAAAGAUGGUUUCCAGCAAAACAAAAAUGUUUAUAUUUUUGAUUUUACAAAGCAGGUUUGUUCAUUAGUAAAACUGGUAUUUAUUAA